AUGGCCAUCCUCCAAAAAUAUCCCCAGGCUGCAGACUCCUUCGACGAGAAUGGAAGGAAUAUAUUACAUAUAACGGUGGAGCAGAAACAUAGAUUUCUUUAUGAAUACUUGAUAAGUUCUUUAGCUUAUAAAGAUAGGAUGUUGGCCGAUAUUGAUAACGGAGGGAACACCAUCUUGCACCUCGCCUCGUGUGUCCAAAAUCCUGCUACUUCUCAUCCUAGAAUCACAGAUGUUGCUAGUCAAUGGAGAGUCAAUUAUCCUAUCAGAAAGAAGCGGGGAAGUGUCCCAUUGACAAACCAGAUGAGUUGGGAUGUGCUUUGGUUCAAGCGAGUAAAACAUGAUACUUAUCCACACUUAAGGCAUGUUCGAAACAUGGAUGGAAUGACAGCAGAGGAACUAUUUGAGGAAAAUUACUCCUCUGUUUGAGAAGAAGCAAAGAAAGCAGCAAAGGAGGCUAGUGGUAAAUUCAUAAUCGUCACCAUCCUCAUCGCAACACUUAACUUCGCGGCACUUUUCACU